AAAUAUUUAAUACAAAGUGUAAACAAGGUUACGGGUCGGAUGGUUAGACUGGUGUCGAACUAUGGAGAUAUUUCAAGCUUAUGAUACAGUGUUUGAAGAGUAGAUUACACAAAAAGUCCACAGAUGUCUGAGCAAAAUGGGACAGACAAAGCGGCACCAGUCAAGGGCCAGGGUGCUGGUCGUGGCUCACCAGCAGGGCCCAGUGGAGCUGUGUCUGCACGGCUGCCCUCCUUCCGGGCACCCCGUGACCUGACCCUGUCUGCCUCAACCACAGCCCUGGUCAAGCCCUCACUCAUCACCAGGACCCGCAAGACAUUCUCGCCAAACAUUCCCACAAGGAGAGAGAAAGUAGAUCAUUCAUAUGAAACUCAUGCAGAGAAGCCGACUAAAAAGCGUGACAAGAAUACCAAGGAGAGAGGCAGGGGACGAGGGAGGGCAAAGGAGUUUAUACAGACAACUGGUUCACUGUUUGGAGAAGGUAUUGGCUCAUCCUCCCAGAGGCGUGGCUUUGGAGGGGGCUUCGGUGGUGUUGGUGGUGGUGGGGGUGGUGGUGGAGGUGCAGGGAGAGGUUCAGAGGCUGGUUUUGUGCACAAACCUGUACUUAACUUGGAAACAGUCAACAACAUUGACCAGGAACAUGAGGACCAGAAACUGAAAGAAAUUUUACGAGAUGAUUUCAUUGAUGACCCUGAUGAUACAAUAGGACAGCCUGGGGAUGAGGACCUCUAUCCUGUACAGCUACCUCUAGUCAACUGUGCCCGAGGGUUUAAGGAAGAAGGAGAUGCAAAGGAUGUUGCUGGUUUGGACACAACUCUAAACAAAGUGGAAGUCAAAUCAGAACCAGCAGAUCCCAGUGAGGAGCCAAGUGUAGAUGCAGUGGCACCACCAGCAAAGAAUAUGAAGAUGCCAGACAGGAAGAUACCACUUAAAGGUGGCAUGCCAACACAAAAAGCACCAGAACUCACAGCUGCACAGCUCCUGUCAGGAAAGCAUGAAGAAUUUAUGUUCUUCCAACUGCCCAAUUCUCUUCCAAGUCACCCUCCAGAGGUGAAGCAGGAAUCCAGUGCAACAUACUCACAGCAGCACCAGCAGCAGCAACAGCAACAGCAGCAACGGGAGAAGCCAUCUGGCAGCAAUGAACAUGAAGAGGAGGAGAAGAAGGCCAGCCAGCAGUACUGCACCCUGAACACCUUACCCGAGGGGAAGAUCGGCACUGUCAAGGUGUACAAGUCCGGCAAGGUGGAGCUGUGGCUGGGGAAUCAUAAGCUGUCUGUGAGCAAAGGGACACAAGUGGGCUUUCUACAGGAUGUGGUGAAUGUGGAUGUUGACCAAGAGGCCAAGACUGGGGCCAUGACAGUGCUGGGCCACGUGGGCCAUCGGCUGGUGUGCACGCCCGACCUCGAGGAACUCGUGAGGCAGAUGAAAACUUAGCAUCGGCUGAGUUUUAGGCACUCUGGCAAUUAGUGGUGUUGUCGUGUUGAGGAAAAGCUUUAAGGUUUAUUUUUUUAUAAUUACUCACCUUGCUGUGAGAGACCCUCUUUUUUUCUGUCUCUGGUAGUGUACUCUGCUUGAAAUACACUGUGUUUUGUGAUCUGUGUUGGGUGCUAACACUUACUGAUGGUUUCCUCAUCAGCGUAGCACUGAGGAGGCCACACUCCUCUCCAGGACCUGACGCUUGGAUGUUCUGUGCUUGGUGCCACAAUAGGUCUUGUAUGGAUCUCUUCCUUUGAAAUCCCUUUUAUAAAACACACAAGUGUAGUUUUAUAUUAUAGAAAAUAGGUUGGGAUUAGAUUUGUAUAUAAGCCUCUUAGUGUUUGAUAUGAGUGAGAUUUGAAUUAAACAAAAACGUAGGUGAAAUAUGGGCAGUUGGGUUCUUCACUAAUUAUGUAUGUACAUGCCCAAUUAACUUUUAUAAUUUAGUAUCAGUUGAGACACAUCAGCAGAAUUACAAAAUUGUAUAAUUUUAAUUCAGUAUCCAGUAAUUCUGCUAUAUGAUGGCAGAAAGGUGUGACGAUAACAGAGAAAAAAUUAUUAGUUUUCAUUUCCACAGUGAUGGACUCACAGCCUCCAAGUCUUGUCUUACCUCUUAGAGUUUUGCAUCUUUAAUGAGUGAACUAUUAAGUGGAAUAAAAGGUGUAAUGAUGCCUUGUAAGUCAUGUAUAUUUCACUUGUAUAUACAGUAACAAAACUGGGAAAAUAUUUGAUUGUUCAGGUGUAACAAUAUUAAAUUAUGCAUAACAAAAUAAUAGAGGAACCAGGUUUUUGUUUCCUCUCAAUCCAUCAACUGGACUGCAUGUACUCUGCAACACAAAUUUUAAUUUGCCUUACCUGUCUACACUAUAAAUUCACAAAGUAUCUAAAUUACUAAUGUGGAUGUGAUGAUAAAUUAGCUUUAUAGGAACUAUCGUCAUAUAUAAUGUAUUUGUGCUGAUGGGGCAAACAUAACCUGCAGCUGUACACAGUAUGGCACUGCAAGGUUACCUUAAUACUGUACUGUUUAGUUCUGUUCCUCUUAUCAUCUAACUGCAUAUCUUGUAGCAAACACCAUUGCAUCAAAACUUAAGAGUAAAAGAAAUCUAUUUGUAAUGAAAGAAACGUGUAGAAAACCAGUUUAUAAAAAGAUGCAUCAAUUCCAACACUGGCCCAAUGUCUUACAGUGUGUAAUCAGAUAGUCUCAUCAUUUCUAUAAAUAAACCAGCAUCCAGCAGUUCAAAAAUAA